AUGCAAUGUCAGUCUCUGACGGCCCCAACUAACGGAGCGCUCAGUACCACAGCGACCUCCUACCAGACCGUGGUCAACUUCACCUCAAGGCAAUGUGAGACUCUGGCGGUCCCAGCUAACGGAGCGCUCAGGACCACAGCGACAUCCUACCAGACCGUGGUCAACUUUACCUCAAUACAAUGUGACACUCUGACGGUCCCAGCUAACGGAGCGCUCAGUACCACAGCGACCUCCUACCAAAUCGUGGUCAACUUUACCUCAAUGCAAUGUCAGUCUCCGACGGCCCCAACUAACGGAGCGCUCAGUACCACAGCGACCUCCUACCAGACCGUGGUCAACUUUACCUGUAACACUGGAUACGUACUGAACGGCACCACUAAUACGACGUGCCAAGCUAACGGAACAUGGAGCAAUCCUGUACCAACUUGCACACCAAUACAAUGUCACACUCUGAUGGUACCAACUAACGGGGUGCUCAGUACCACAGCGACCUCCUACCAGACCGUGGUCAACUUUACCUGUAACCCGGGAUACGUACUGAACGGCACCACUAAUACGACGUGCCAAGCUAACGGAACAUGGAGCAAUCCUGCUCCAACAUGCACACCAAUGCAAUGUAAUACUCUGACUGUUCCAACUAACGGAGCGCUCAGUACCACAGCGACCUCCUACCAAAUCGUGGUCAACUUUACCUACAUACAAUGUAUUUCCUUGCCGACCCCUAAAAACGGAGGGCUUAGUCCUGCCGGAUCGUACAGAUACCAGGACGUGGUAAACUUUACCUGUGACACGGGAUACGAACUAAACGGUACUGCUAACACGAUGUGCCAAGCUAACAGAACAUGGAGUAAUCCUGUUCCAACAUGCACACGAAUACAAUGUGUUUCCUUGUUGACCCCUACAAACGGGGUGCUUAGUCCAGCAGGACCGUACAGCUACCAGGACGUGGUAAACUUUACCUGUGACACGGGAUACGAACUGAACGGUACUGCUGACACGAUGUGCCAAGCUAACAGAACAUGGAGUAAUCCUGUUCCAACAUGCACACGCGUACAAUGUAUUUCCUUGCCGACCCUUACAAACGGAGAGGUGAGUCCUGCCGGACCGUACAGCUACCAGGACGUGGUAAACUUUACCUGCGACACGGGAUACGAACUGAACGGUACUGCUGACACGAUGUGCCAAGCUAACAGAACAUGGAGUAACCCGGUUCCAACAUGCACACGAAUACAAUGUAUUUCCUUGCCGACCCCUACAAACGGAGUGCUUAGUCCAGCAGGACCGUACAGAUACCAGGACGUGGUAAACUUUACCUGUGACACGGGAUACGAACUGAACGGUACUGCUGACACGAUGUGCCAAGCUAACAGAACAUGGAGUAACCCUGUUCCAACAUGCACACGCGUACAAUGUAUUUCCUUGACGACCCUUACAAACGGAGAGGUGAGUCCUGCCGGACCGUACAGCUAUCAGGACGUGGUAAACUUUACCUGUGACACGGGAUACGAACUGAACGGUACUGCUGACACGAUGUGCCAAGCUAACAGAACAUGGAGUAAUCCUGUUCCAACAUGCACACGCGUACAAUGUAUUUCCUUGCCGAUCCUUACAAACGGAGAGCUUAGUCCAGCAGGACCGUACAGCUACCAGGACGUGGUAAACUUUACCUGUGACACGGGAUACGAACUGAACGGUACUGCUGACACGAUGUGCCAAGCUAACAGAACAUGGAGUAAUCCUGUUCCAACAUGCACACGCGUACAAUGUAUUUCAUUGUCGACCCUUACAAACGGAGAGGUGAGUCCUGCCGGACCGAACAGCUUUCAGGACGUGGUAAACUUUACCUGCGACACGGGAUACGAACUGAACGGUACUGCUGACACGAUGUGCCAAGCUAACAGAACAUGGAGUAAUCCUGUUCCAACAUGCACACGCGUACAAUGUAUUUCCUUGCCGACCCUUACAAACGGAGAGGUGAGUCCUGCCGGACCGUACAGCUACCAGGACGUGGUAAACUUUACCUGUGACACGGGAUACGAACUGAACGGUACUGCUGACACGAUGUGCCAAGCUAACAGAACAUGGAGUAACCCUGUUCCAACAUGCACACGCGUACAAUGUAUUUCCUUGCCGACCCUUACAAACGGAGAGGUGAGUCCUGCCGGACCGUACAGCUACCAGGACGUGGUAAACUUUACCUGUGACACGGGAUACGAACUGAACGGUACUGCUGACACGAUGUGCCAAGCUAACAGAACAUGGAGUAAUCCGGUUCCAACAUGCACACGCGUACAAUGUAUUUCUUUGCCGGCCCCUACAAACGGAGAGCUUAGUCCUGUCGGACCGUACAGAUAUCAGGACGUGGUCACCUUUACCUGUGACACGGGAUACGAACUGAACGGCACUUCUGACACGAUGUGCCAAGCUGACGAAACAUGGAGUAAUCCUGUUCCAACAUGCACAAGUAAAAUCAUUUGGACACUAAUGUGUUGUUUGAACCGCCUAAGCUAUUUUAAUAAUGAUAUGUAA